AUCUAGUCCUAAUCAGAACCUCUACAACAAUUCUGAUAAUCACAAUUACCCACAGAACGACACCCAAGCUCUCCUCGACGGCGUCACUAAGAAACUCGAAGCAGAACUCGAAGCAGAACUCAAAAAGCUUGAAAAAAGCCGACUUCGACUCCCGUAUUCGUUUUCCAACUCUAGUAAUACCACUUUGACCAUGGCUGCCCCAGAGCAGCAGCUGGCCACGCGCCCGCAACAGCUCGUCUUCGUCGAUGGAGUCUUUUCGGACUUGGCGCAGGAGAUGGCCGAUUAUCUUCAUAUCAGCGACGAUGUGAAGCCCCUCAUCGAACAAGAUCAGAAAGAUGAGGUUCUUAAGAAGAUAAUUCUCGCAUCCGUCGCUCUCCAUUCGGUUCCCGAAAAGGAGUUCACUGCGGCCUACAACCUCCUUAUCCAUCUCGUUCUACAGUCCGACAACAUAUCCAUGUUCCUUCCUCGAGUUUGCGACAACUUAAUGAAGCCCGUCGGCUCCUCGCUUCUGAACGGUCCCAGCCUAUCGCUCAAUGUUCUUGGCAACAUCUUUAAUUUGCUUGAGCCAGAAAACCCUCUGCGAUACAAUGUUUUCAUGACUAUCUUGCGAUUCAUCAAGGAGAAUGGUAUGCUCGACACCAUCACCAACUAUCUGUCAUCGCUUCCGGAAUGGUUCAAGGAUUGGGACACCAACGAAGAAGACCAACGAAAGCUAUACCUAGAGGUUGCUGACGUAGCUGACGAGUAUCUGCGAGAAGAUCUCUCAUUCCAAUAUAUACUCAAGGCACUCAACACCUUUGACGAUGAAGAAGUCAAGUCGGAGGAGGCCGCAAAGCUUGCUCUCCGCGCCCUGAAGAUUGCGCUCGAAUCUCUCAACCAUCUAGAUUUCCAGGACCUUCUUGCCGUCCCGGCCAUUCAGGUGCUCUCGGACACGCACCCGGUUUACUUCGAGCUGCUCACAAUCUUUGCCGAAAAGGAUUUGGAAGACUACAAUGAUUUCAAUGACGAGCACGAAGGCUUCAUCGAGAAGGAACAUCUUAAUGGCGAGGUCCUUCUUCGCAAGAUUCGGCUACUCACCUUCGCAAGUCUUGCAGCAAGCGCCCCCAGCCGUGAGAUUCCAUACGAGCAGAUCGCCAAGGCGCUUCAAAUUCCCAUCGAGGAGGUUGAAUGGUGGGUCAUUGACGUGGUUCGUGCCAAUCUUGUCGAGGGAAAGUUUGCGCAGAAGAAGAAGAUUUUCAAUCUUCACCAGACCCGUUACCGAGUCUUCGGCGAGAAGCAAUGGCGCGAAGUGGGCGACCGCCUCGACGGCUGGAAGAUACUGCUUCAGAACGUGAUCGGUACCUUGCGACGAGGACAGGCCGAUGUCGAAGCACUUAAGAAGCGCGAACAAGAGGACAUCGAGCGACGUCUGGCGAAUGCAGGCAUCGGUGGGAACUCUUCCGGCUUUGGUGGCUUUGGCGGUGGCGGACGACGGGGUGGUGGUGGUGCUGGCGGUGGUGAUCGUAGCGAGCGUGCGCCCCGCAAGGAGCGCACCGACGACGACGAUUAAACGACACUACCUCCUUUUACCUUCCCUCUCUUGUUACGAUUCCCGGCUUUUGAUUGAUGGCAUGAGGCACGGUCUAUGGCGUAUUCGGCAUUACAGGGCGAGAGUUGGCCCCCCCAUACUUUUGAUUGCGCAUGAUUCCCAGGAUUAGUACUACUUGGCCAAAGGUGAUGGAGGCGUCUCUACGGAGUCCCCCAUUCACACUGACGCGUUGUGGUAGUUGCAACCCCUACUCCCUUAGUCUUUGUUCAAGGGGGUAUGAAGGGGCCGCAGGAAUGAUGACGAUGAUAAUGAGCAACCUCGAGGUUGUCAAUUGAUCCAGGGGCUGGCCGGUUCGGGGCGAUCGAUGCUUUACAGAGGCUUGUUUGUGUAUUUAGAGGAUACAAAAAAGUUUUCAGGAACGCAUUUGCGACUGAAUUCAACCCCACCCCGAUUGCAAGGGAUAUGAAAACUUGUUCUUAAGUGAUUCUAUAUUCGUGUGUCUGUCUUGUCUCUUCGCAGCGUGAAAUUAUGGCAGCAACAGCUCCAUAGUAGAAGCUACCUAACUGAAUGCUUGGAAAUAUAUCGUCACUGGCUUGGAUCGGUGGGUAGGUAGGCUAUUUUUGAAUGUUCGUACGUCCGCAAUCAU